GUUUCUAUUUCAUCGUAGGGUCUAUUGCAUCGCCAAGAUUUCACCACUUAAAGUAAUUUAAAAUUUACAAAAAGGAAAAAAUUAAAAAUGUGGGUUAUUCCUUUGCUGCUCCUGUGCCUGGUAUUGCUUUACAAGUAUGUGAGGCAUCAUUAUACAUCCUGGCAGAGAUUGGGCGUGGACGAGGAGCCAGCCCAGAUUCCCUUUGGCAUUAUGACGUCGGUGAUGAAGCAGGAGAAGAGCUUGGGCGUGGUCUUGAGGGAUAUAUACGACCGGCACACGGAAAAGAUUGUGGGCAUCUACAUGAUGAACAAAAGAAGUAUCCUUAUCCGUGAUGCUGUCCUGGCGCGUCAGAUCAUGACCACCGACUUUCAUAGCUUCCAUGAUCGCGGAGUUUAUGUGGAUGAGGAGAAGGACCCGUUGUCCGGUAAUCUAUUCAACUUGAGGGGAGCCUCUUGGCGGAAUCUUCGCCAGAAGCUGACACCUUCAUUCUCGUCGGGAAAAAUCAAAGGGAUGUUCGGAACCAUAGACGAUGUGGGUGACAAGUUGGUGCAGCAUCUGGAGGGCACCCUGGAGCAAAACGAGGUGGUUGAGAUUAAGGAUGUGAUGACCACCUAUGCCGUGGACAUAAUAGGUUCCGUUAUUUUUGGCCUGGAGAUCGACAGUUUCAAGAAUCCGCAAAAUGAGUUUAGGGAAAUAAGUAGUUCGACUGCAAAGGAUAAAUCGCUUUUGCUGAAGAUCCACAACAUGUCCAUGUUCAUCUGUCCGCCAAUUGCCAAGCUUAUGAAUCGGCUGGGAUAUGAGAGCCGUAUCCUUACAUCCUUAAGGGACAUGAUGAAGCGAACAAUCGAGUUCCGGGAGAAGAACAAUGUCGUUCGCAAGGACCUGCUGCAAUUGCUUAUCCGUUUGCGAAAUACGGGAAAAAUUGGCGAGGAUGACGAUGAGGUGUGGGAUGUGGAAACCGCCCAGGAUCAGCUCAAAUCGAUGUCCAUUGAAAAGAUUGCAGCUCAGGCUUUUGUCUUCUAUGUUGCUGGCUCGGAAUCCACGGCUGCCGCUUCUGCCUUUACACUCUACGAACUAUCCAUGUAUCCGGAGUUAUUAAAACAAGCCCGGGAAGAGGUGGAUGCCGUCCUUAAAAAACACAACCUCAAGCCAAAGGAUAAGUUUACCUAUGAAGCUGUUCAGGACAUGAAGUUUUUGGAGCUCUGUAUUAUGGAAACUAUUCGCAAGUAUCCUGGCUUGCCCUUCUUAAAUCGCGAGUGUACGGAGGACUAUCCUGUUCCUGGCACCAAUCAUGUAAUAACCAAGGGCACACCCAUCUUGAUCUCGUUAUUUGGUAUAAACCGUGAUCCGAUUUACUUUCCCAAUCCCAACGAUUAUGAUCCUCAUCGUUUCGAUGCUGAUAUUAUGAACUACAAUCCAGCAGCUUAUAUGCCUUUUGGCGAAGGUCCUAGGCACUGUAUUGCUCUUCGCAUGGGCAAGAUCAACUCCAAAGUGGCAGUAGCCAAGGUGUUGGCCAACUUUAAUGUCAUACAGUCUCCCAGAAAGGAAGUUGAGUUCGCCUUCGAUGCUGCUCCGGUUCUAGUUACGAAAGAGGGCUUAAAACUUCACUUAACCAAGAGAAAUUAAUGAGUGUAUAUUUUAAAAAAGUAUAAUCAUAUACUCGAAGAUUUAUCACUCAAUAAACAAUGCGAAGCUUAAAGCUUUAAGACUGGUUUUCAAAUCAAAACAUAAACAGAGUCGGAGUUAGCAGCUGAUUAUACCGGCAAACGUGUUUGGGUUUUCAAAGUUUGAAGUUUCAUUAAAAGUUUAAAAUAAAUAUUUCCCGAACAAUAUAUCCGAAAAUAAUAAAUAUAUAUAUCUCUCAUCACUUUUCCAAUAA